AUGUGCUACCAGCUCGUCGAGCUGUACUCUGCCUGCCACUGCCUCUACUACCAACACGCCGUCGACCGCUGUCCCUCCUACGGCCGCCGCGGCCACGGCGUCGAGAAGCGCACCAUCCUCGUCGGCUACGCUUGCUCCGCCCACGCCUCCCGCCAGGCCGCCGCCGCCAAUCACCACACAUACUCCGACUCGGGCUACAGCAGCUACCGCUCAAGCUCCAAGGGCUAUAGGUGA